UACAUGCGAGUUGGAAUUACUAUCCUUUGAGCAAUUAAUAUGCUGCUAAUGAAAAUUGCAUCUUUAAAGGAGUCGCUUUCAAAGAAAAUCUAAUCUCACUAGGUUUGAGGGCUCUUGUUUCACCAAUAAAUAAAUGAGUACACGGCCGUGCGUGAGUGGGCGUGUCACAGCGUUGCUUGAGCAGUCCGAUGUUCGCAGGAGCGCAGUUUUCUUUUGGUCGUAAAGUCUGUAGCUCUCAUCGCUGCAUUUGUUUAAGCGAUCAAUCCGGAGCCACAGAGCGAAGAGCUCUUUGAAUUCUGUUGGGACACGAUUAGCAUGGAUGCCCUCAGAGCUGCCGCCUUCGCCCUCCUCCUUGUUACCUGCCUGUGGGAUUUACCUUGUAUCCAGCCAGCUGCUAUUGUCCCUUCUCCGGUACCGAGAAGCAACAAGGGGGGCAGGAUGCCAAAAGAUGGGAGGAAGGCACCCACAUUUCUUAAAGAGAUAUUAGCAUCUUCUACCAGCCAAAGCCAUCACCAAGAUCCGAUGAAACACUGUGCUGUUGUGCCCCACGAGUAUAUGUUGUCUAUUUAUAGGACUUACUCUGCAGCUGAAAAACUCGGGAUAAACGCAAGUUUUUUCCGGUCUUCAAAGUCUGCUAACACCAUAACCAGCUUUGUGGACAGAGGACAAGACGAUCUCUCGCACUCUUCUCUGCGAAGACAAACGUAUCUGUUUGAUGUUUCAACUCUCGCAGACAAAGAGGAGUUAGUGGGAGCUGAAUUAAGGAUAUUUAGAAAAGUGCCCGGGGAUUUCCAAAUGGCUCACACAGGUCUGUAUGGUAUUCAAUUACUCCCCUGUCGUUCAAAAUUGCUACUGGAUUCAAUAACUCUUGAUCUGCAGGAUGCUCAGAGACCCGGAUGGGAAGUUCUAAAUGUCUGGGGAAUGUUUAAAAACCGCCAACACUCACCACACAAGAACCAAGUCUGUUUCCAGCUAAAGGCAAAUUUAGGGACAUCAGAAAAGGAAGUGGACUUAAGGAACCUUGGCUUCGGCAGGAAGGAGCGUCAGCAGCAAGAGAAAGCGAUUCUGGUGGUGUUCACCAGGUCCAAGAAAAGAGAAAACCUAUUUAGCGAAAUUAAAGAAAAAAUAAAGUCUUCUCAGAAUGCCGAAGAAAAAAGUGAAUUUCGGUUCAAAACCAAGCGGAAGAGAAGGACUGCCUUUAAUAACCGACAUGGAAAGAGACAUGGUAAAAAGUCCAAGUCAAGGUGCAGUAAAAAACCGUUGCAUGUGAAUUUUAAAGAGCUUGGGUGGGACGACUGGAUCAUAGCGCCACUGGACUAUGAAGCGUAUCACUGUGAGGGCGUGUGUGACUUUCCCCUCAGAUCGCACCUAGAGCCAACAAACCACGCUAUAAUACAAACGCUAAUGAACUCAAUGGACCCCAAUUCUACACCGCCCAGUUGUUGUGUACCUUCAAAACUAAGCCCCAUCAGUAUUCUAUACAUUGACUCUGGCAAUAACGUUGUUUAUAAGCAGUAUGAAGACAUGGUAGUGGAAUCUUGUGGCUGCAGGUAGCAUUUUCCACUAAUAAUAAACUAAAAAAAAAAAAAAAAAGGACGCCUGGGCAGGUCGACUUUGAAGGUGGAAAUAGUCUUUAAACUGUCUAAAAGCACAAACUAUAAUUAUGUCUUUUCACACCUUGGGUGCCUCUUGAAUAUCCAAAAGGGAUCGCAAUUAAUGUAAUGCAUUCUUUCAUAUACGACAAGUAAAUAUAUCAAAACCAUAUUUUUUGCUAUUCAAUUUAAGCUCAUAGUUAGGUUUCCAUUAGUAACCAAGCAUUUAUAAUAGUAAAUUUCGGGUUUUGUUUUAUUUUAAUUUUGCUGGACGGUGGAGACUCGCCAGCAGUUAAUCACAAAUAAAUAAAUACAAUGUUUAUAGUUAUCUCCCAUUGUGUUUUCAGUGUAUAGCUACAUACUAUUCAGUUACAAACGUGAAUAUAUUACACUCUACAAAUACCAAGAAAUUGGACAGUCCGGAGUGUCCUGGCCAACAUCCAGAACUUGUCCAUUGAGCUACGUCUGGCAAUGACGCGUUCCUCAUUAGUUGAAAACGCAUAAAGACUUUAUAAGCUUUCUUCGGAUCUGAUUCAAACAGCACCAUCCAGAUCAGGUUAUGGAAGUCACGUCUGGAUAGAGAAGGAUUAUGUUGCUCCAUUCUCUGUUGAUUUUCGAGAGUGUACACAGGAUGCAAUGACAGGCACCUGUUCAAACUGAGACCAUUUAAGAUUAAGGGAAAAGCAAUAGUAGCAAUCCCUUUCAUGGGCUGGCAUGCGGAGAGUAAUGGAAUCAGCAAAGAGUGAAGGCAACCCCCCCCCAAUAAAGUUUCUUUUCCACCUCUUCCCAAGAAUUAUCUACCGAUCUUUACUGCCUUUUAAACGGGAAGGUAAUUUACCAAACACAAAAAGACAUUUAAUAAAAGGAGAGAGAAUAGGUCUUUCCCCGAGGUUUUCUCUUAAAACAGACCUUUCUUUCCCCUCUUCUCAUCAGCAUUCCUGGAAGAUUACAGAAAAAAAGCCUGCGGCAACAACACGUUUGUAAUUACACGAAUGGUGGUAUUUUAGGAACGUUUUUUAAUUAAAAAAGAGAAGAUGAAGGCAAAAUUGAUCACUGUUCUGGACACCUAACAGGGCUGAGUUUUAUAAAUGUCCUCACCUUUUGGACUGGCCUUAUAAACUUCUAAAUUUAAACCAUGGGAUGAAAAAUAAUUAGUAAUCUUUGUGGGGUAGUAGUGAUUGCCCAAUUCAGCCAUGGCGGUGUACAAACUUUGAAGACUUGAUGAAGUUAACGUUUACAACACAAACGUUUAUUUCCACGCUAAGAGCACUUCCAUAUACAGCAACCUUUCACGUUCGUUGCUAAAGUGAUUUUGAAAAAAAGAACGUGCCUGUUUUUGCCACACGUCAACUGCAGCGUGAUCAAAGUAAAACAUAAAAAAAGACUCGCUCAGAAGAUAUUUAAAAUGCACAUUAGCUUUUAAUGCACUGUUGUUCAUAAUCUAAACUGUAAAUAAUUGUAUAUUUAAACAGACAAGUGCAAAAAAAGAGAAAUGAACUACAUUUCUUUUAAAUGUAUAGACCUUUUAUAUGCACUCAAAAAUGUUAUUAUUUCUAUUUUAAAAUGUUUAUUUGAGUUGUACAGGGUUUAACGUUAAUCAUAUAUUUCAUACAUCCAUAAGAAUAUUUUUAAAUUGUUAAUUCAUUGUAUUCAGUUCUGUACUGCGGGUGGGGAACAGUUUAUCAUUGUCUACCUCAUAGUAAUCUAGUUUCUAGGGAAAUCUGAGGUACAUUCGUGUAGAGUGCAAGGUUGUUUUGUAGUAUAUAUUUUUUACUGAUUAAUAUUCCAAACUAUUAUUGUGCUAAUAAAAUGUAAAACAAACUCACAAAAAAAAAGAUUUUAAAUCACGUUUGCAUGAAACUUUUGCUUAAAGGUAAAACGUUGUGGUUUAUGAUAUUUGUUGUAUGGUCAAACUUUAUAGAUCAAUUGUUCAUGGUGGUUUAAUCAACAGAUACAUGUCUCCAUGUUUGCACUUUAGGAUUGCUUGAUUAAUGUAGCUGACUGUCAACGUCAAAUAGCAUAGUUAUACGCUAUACAACACACAAAUGUGAACAUUAAAGGUGUAUGGUUGGCCCGUUUGAAGAGCAAGUUAAAAUAAUAAUUUUAGAUGGGAUUUUCUGAUGGAAAGGUGAAGUGUUCAUAACGUUCUUAGCAUUUAGCUUUGUUCUUUAUAUGCUGCAACAUUUGUAGCCAAUAAAGUGUGCCCUAUGAAUGAGAACAACCUUAACCAUCACAGACGAAUCUGGUAUGUUACGUGUAGACACCACAGAAGUUAUUUUCAACGUCAAAUACUCUUGUUUGCCAACAUUGCAUGCAUCUUGUCAGCGUUUCAAACAUGAAAAAAAGAAAGAACACUAUAACUAAAUAUUGAUUUACCGACAAACAAACGCUUUCUUUUGUGGUACCAAAACUCCUCGAGAUUGGACAACGAAUGUAACUAAAAAAAUAAAUGUUAAAAAAAUACAAUAAAUAAUAUAUAGCACUGACAUCCAUGUCACCACGAGUAACUGUUGAUCGUGAAUCAACAGUAAUUAGCAGUCUUGAAUAGUGAGACAUCUUUCCAACCGAUCACCUAUUAUUAGCCAUCAUCUGGUGGCAAAGUGUUAUUUUAUCUCAUUGACAUUAAUCACUGACUUGAUUUAUUAUUACAAUUUCCACAGACAAAUUCAAACAGUAACGUAACCUUCUACAAGUUUACCAUGCUUCUAUUAAUUUUUGCAUCUUCUCUAAGACUUCAAUUUAGCACAUACACCUUUCUGAGUC